CCGAGGUCGACUUCAACAUCAUAUUGCCUCGACCUGUUAUCCUACCUAUUAGCUCGACGAUUGUCCGCCGACGUCCGCCGACAACGCUUCCACAUCUUGCUUAUAGCGACCCCUCCUUAUUACCACUAGCUCUCCACGUCUCGUCAUGCUUAGGCGUCUCCCCUCGAACAGCGGAAAGAAGGGGGAACCCUCACCCCUGACCGCAAGUGGAGCUGGCUUCGGUACCCCGACUUUCAAACCCUUCCGCACACCUUCUUUCAGCAGCCCGACCCCGACGAGAAGUACGGUAGGUCAGAGGAAACGCAAACGAAUCUCGUACAAGGAGGACGGUCAGGCGGAUGACAAGGAGAACGACAAGGACGCCGGUGGGAGCGAUUCUGAUGGCGAUCCGAGGAAGAAGAAAAAGGUCAACAGCAGUUACUCGAUGGGAAACAAGGAGUAUGGUCCGGAUGGAGUGUUAGGGGAUAUGGGCAGGCUGUGCAAUCGAGAGUUUCCGGUGUUCGCGGUGAAGGCAAAGGAGCUCGUCUUUAGCAAAGGCUUCUCUAUUCCCUCAAUCACGGCCAAGAACGCCGAAUCUCCGGUCCGACAUACCCUCUCUCAUGCCGCCCUCGGAUGUCGUAUACAGCCCAUCCUCCUGCCCCGACCCCUAUUCGACCCUAUGGCCGACCACGCUAUCGUGCUAUACGACCCUACCAUUGACGACAAGCCUGAACCCGACCCAACCUCGAUCGAAGCCAAUUUGAGCCCGGAGGAACUUGUCAAGCGGGAAGAAGAGGAAAAGAUCAGGCGACAAAAGGAAGAUCGAGAGAAGAAUGGACCGCACAAGAGCCUGAAGGUGAUCCUAGGACUGGACAAGGUGGUCAAGAAGGAAGACGUUAAAGUUCCUGUGGUCAUCGAUCCGAGGUUGACGGCAAAGUUGAGGCCACAUCAGGUCGAGGGUGUCAAGUUCUUGUACAGGUGCACGACCGGAUUAAUGGCCAAGGACGCGUUUGGAUGUAUCAUGGCAGACGAAAUGGGUUUAGGAAAAACGCUUCAGUGCAUUGCCCUGAUGUGGACUCUGCUGAAACAGUCGCCCGUCUCUGGAAAGGGUACGAUUGACAAGGCCAUCGUCGUAUGCCCUAGCAGUCUUGUACGAAACUGGGGAAACGAGCUGGUCAAAUGGUUGGGACCGGGAGCAGUGAACCCGUUGCUGGUCGACGGAAAGGGUGGCAAGGCCGAAUUAAUUCCCGCUGUCAGGCGAUGGGUUGCUGCCAAGGGACGAGGGGUGACAUUACCAGUCAUGGUGGUCUCGUAUGAAACGCUUCGAUCCUUGCAGGAUGAGCUCGCCAACUGUCCUGUCGGCUUGCUUCUCUGUGACGAAGGACAUCGUCUCAAGAACGCCGACUCGCAGACUUUCCAGGCCCUUACGACCCUCAACUGCAAACGACGCGUUAUCCUCUCCGGUACUCCUAUCCAGAACGAUCUUUCGGAAUACUUUGCCCUGCUCAACUUUGCCAACCCCGAAUACCUGGGUACAAGGCUGGAUUUCAGGAAGAAUUUCGAGCUCAAAAUUCUGAGGGGGCGAGAUGCCGAUGCGAGCGAAAAGGAGAGGGUGGAGAGCGAUGCCAAGUUAAAGGAGCUGGGAAAUCUAGUCAGCAAGUUCAUCAUCAGACGUACCAACGAUCUGUUGUCCAAGUACUUGCCGAUCAAGUACGAACACGUAGUCUUUUGUGGUCUCAGCCCGGUGCAAUUGGCCCUAUACCGUCUGUUCAUCACCUCGCCCGAGAUCCAAAAGCUACUGCGUGGAACCGGUUCGCAACCGCUCAAGGCCAUCAAUAUCUUGCAAAAGCUAUGUAACCAUCCGGAUUUGCUCAACCUGCCCGAAGAUUUGCCUGGAUGCGAAAAGGUUUUGCCUGACGAUUACCAAAUGAAGGGUGCAGGAGGAUCGGCUCGAUACGUCGACUGCUCGUAUUCCGGAAAGUUUAUGGUGUUGGAGAGGUUCUUGGAUCACAUCAACAAGCGAACGAAUGACAAGAUCGUGCUUAUUAGCAAUUACACCCAAACUCUAGACUUGAUGGAAAGGUUAUGUCGAAACAAAAAAUACGGCUGCUUGCGUCUCGACGGAACAAUGAACGUCAACAAGCGUCAAAAACUGGUCGACCGGUUCAAUGACCCUGAAGGCAAGGAGUUUGUCUUCCUGCUUAGUAGUAAAGCUGGAGGCUGUGGUAUCAACUUGAUCGGCGCGAACCGUCUGAUCUUGUUCGAUCCUGCUUGGAAUCCUGCGAGCGACCAGCAAGCUUUGGCUCGUGUAUGGCGUGACGGCCAGAAGAAGGAGUGUUUCGUAUACCGAUUCCAGGCUACCGGAACAAUCGAAGAGAAGAUUUUCCAGAGGCAAUGUUCGAAGCAAGACUUGUCCGCUUGUGUGGUGGAUGCAGCCGAGGACACCGAACGUCAUUUCUCGGUGGACAACCUCAGGCAACUGUUCAAGUUCAACGAGACUACGGUCUGCGAUACCCAUGAUACGUUCAAAUGCAAGAGGUGCCGAGACGGGAAGCAGCUAGUCAAGGCGCCGGCUUUGCUGUAUGGUGAUACUAGCAGUUGGAACCACUACCCGAAUGCGGAACUCGGCAAGUUGCACGAUGAUGUGUUGCGCGCCGAGCUCGGACAGGGCGACGUGUCAUUCGUCUUCCAGUACAUCUCGCACUAGACAACCUUUCUUCAUCCCUUUCCUAAUCUGCGAUUUGAAUCGCAUACGACCUGAACGACCACCACCUCUGCGGAACCUGAUAGAUGACUCCGCCACGACCCAGUAAAGACCCCCCACCCCGAAAAAUACCUUUGUUUCUAUAACCCGAAUCCUGUAUCCCUUAUGUUUCUCCCUAUUAAACGAGAACGCGAGAUGUGACUGUUUUACAAAUGUUCUUUGGACAAGGCCGCGGCGAGUGAUGUCCAAACCAAUUGAUAAAGAGCUGGUUUUCAGGCGCUACAAGUGUGCGAAUUUAUCGGGAGAUGCUUAUAGUUCGCACGACACGUUCA